ACACAAGUGUCUGCGGCGAGACAGUUACUAAAAACAUGAAGGAAAAAGAGAAGAAAUCACAAACCAUCUUCUUCCAACACAGUACACCACAUGGCUUCUGCAGCUUCCAACUAUGCUCGAACGUCCUUCAUUUUCCUUCCCAAAAUCCAAAACGGCACGAAGUUCAUUGACAAGAUGAUAUCAUUUCGAAGGAUGACGAGAAGAAGAGUGAUGCAUAUUCACUCGUCGCGAGGCCCAACAAAACCACCAAAACCAUCCCCUGGAGUAGACACAAGAAUCCAUUGGGAAAACCCGGACGAAGGCUGGAUCGGUGGAGGAUCCGACCCGACCAAAUCCGUUGAUGAAGAGAGAAACAAUCUCUUCAGUGACGACAAGUUUGCAGAACUAAUCAAAGACUCUUUUGAUUCGCAUUACCAAUUCUUAGGUGUUUCAACGGAUGCUGAUCUUGAAGAGAUAAAAUCUGCAUACAGGAGAUUAUCAAAAGAGUAUCAUCCAGACACGACUUCAUUACCGCUUAAAACUGCUUCAGACAAGUUUAUGAAACUAAGAGAAGUCUACGAUGUUUUGAGCGAUGAAGAGAGCAGGAGAUUCUAUGAUUGGACGUUGGCUCAAGAGGUAGCGAGUCGUCAAGCUGAGAAGAUGAGAAUGAAGCUUGAGGACCCGAAAGAGCAAGAGUUUCGGAAUUACGAGUCUAUACCGGAUAUGGUUGAUCGGUUAGGUGGAAGGAACAUGGAGCUUAGUGAUCAAGCCAUGACGGCUCUUACGUUCGAUGUUUUGAUCAUAGUUUUUGCCAUUUGUUGUAUAGUUUAUGUGAUUGCCUUUAAAGAUCCUUCCUACUAGGUGUGGAUCAGUAUACAUGGAAGAUUAAAUUAAAUUCGUAGAAAUAUGUCUAGGUGGAGGAUUAACAUUUACAGAUUAUUAGAUAAUCUAAAUUAAACAA